AUGCCUUCAUUAGAUAUUGAAAUGGAACCUAUGAUAAUCACAGAAAAUGGAAGUGAAAAAACACCAUUAUUACCCAUUGUAAAAACUUAUGUUAUUACAACUCCAAAAUCCGCUAAAAAGACAUCCUUUUCCAAAUUAACACCUUACCUUCCCGAAAAAUCCUUACCAUACAUAAAUAUUUUAAGCAAUUCGAUAAAUCAAAUUCGAGAUAAAUUACCCCCUUUUUCCGCUAUACCUAUUCGUACCAUUCGUGGUAGAUUUUCAAGGAAAAAGAUAUUACUUUUUAGCAUUUUAUUACAUUUAUUUUUUUUGUACAGAUACGUUAAUGGAGGGCCAUUCCAUCCAUUAUCAUGUCAAUUGAUUAGCAUAGGUUGUCCAUCGACCGUCAUCAAUGGAUUUACUACCGAGGAAUUUUCAAAUGUUCAACAAUUAUUCUUGGAAAACUUUGAGAGUGGACAAGAUAUUGGGGCACAACUUAGCGUUUAUUAUAAUAAUGAAUUGGUCGUUGAUUUAUCUGGCGGAAUCGCUGAUACUUCCACGGGAAAACUUUAUGAUGAAAAAACUUUGCAAUUGGUAUUUUCUAGUACAAAAGUACUUAGUGGUAUCGUUAUAGCAAGAUUGGUUGAACAAGGUUUACUAGAUUAUGAUACACCAAUUGCCGAAUACUGGCCCGAAUUCGCUCAAGGUGGUAAAGAGGAAGUUACCCUUUUGGAUUUAAUGGUACAUAGAGCCGGUGUAGGUUAUAUCGAUUCUUUUGAUAUUUCAAUUAAAGAUUUAUAUAAUCUUGACGAUUUAUCGGAAUUGCUCGCCAAACAACCUCAUAAUUUCAAUGGUAAUCCAGUAAGAGCGUAUCACGGUAUAUCUCGUGGUUGGUACUUGAAUGAAAUUGUAAGGAGAGUUGAUCCACGCCAUCGUACUAUUGGUAGGAUCGUUGCCGAAGAAAUCGCACCACAAUACAAUAUCGAAUAUUAUUUAAACACGAGAAAAGCUCUUAAAGAUCGUUUAGCAAGUAUUUAUGCUUACCCUUUGGUAAGAAUGUUGGCUAAAUUGAUUUUACCUGAAUGGAUGAUUAGCGAACCAUUACAUCCGAUCUUCCCUCAAAUGAUGAAUAAAGAUUCCGUUGCCUUUAAAUCUUUGGUAUUAACAUCUCCCGAUCGUGCUCAACCACAAGAUUGGAAUAAGAUGGAAAUGUUGAUUCCAGAAGGUCCUUCUUAUAAUGGUGUAACCAAUUCUCGAUCCAUGGCCAAACUUGCUGCCAUUAUGGCAAAUAAAGGAGAAAGUCUUCCAACCGACAAAUAUCCUCUUGAUGUACAACUAAACUCUCAAUUAAAGGAACCUCAAUUAAUUUCAAAUACUACCUAUGAUUUAAUCGCUACUCGUCUUGAUCCUGUAUUUGAUCAAGUGUUACAAGAGACCAUCACUCCAGCUGUUGGUGGUUUUGGUUAUUUCCGCCUUAAAGGUUUAGAAGAUGUUGAAUUCUUAGGUUGGGGUGGUUCCGGUGGUAGUAUGUUCUUAUGGAAUCAAGAAUUAAAAAUUGGUUUCGCUUAUGUUAUGAAUGCUUUUCACACUGCUCUUCUCGGUGAUGAUAGGAGUCUUAAAUUAUUGAGAGAGAAAGUUGAAUUCAUCAUGUCUUUUUUCAAUAAUCAUAACAACAAUAAUCCAAAAUUCUUUGCUAUCGCCUACUCAAAGUUGGCUGCUAGGAAUGAUCAUCCUGAUAUUGGUGUCCCGGUAAACCAAUUCUCUCGAAUGUCAAUCAACGAUAAUCCGGCACCUUUUCACGAUGUAAAAGAUGAAGUUGAAAACAUCGAUUGCUUUGUAGAUGUAGAACAAACCAUUGAAGAAAAAAAAUUGGUUCAAGAAAAUGUAGUGCAGGAUAUAAUUGAUAAUGAUUAUAAUUAUAACGAGAACAAAGAUGAAUCCAAUAAAGAAUAUGUUGUCGAAAAAGUGCUUGAUCAUAAGUUUAAUAGAAAGGGUAAAUUACAAUAUUUAUUGAAAUGGGAAGGAUGGUCAUCAGAAUAUAACACGUGGGAAGACCAAGCAAACGUAUUCGCUGAUAAUUUAAUUAGUCGAUAUUGGGAAGGAAAAGCAUCAAGAAAGAGGAACACGUCUUUAUUUAGGAAGGGAUCACCCUUUGAGAGAAUUGAAAGCGAAAAUGAUAGUGAGGAUGAAUUCAUGCAAUCAGAUGAUUUCAGUGAUAAUAAAAAAAGUCCAAUGUCGAAUACUUCGGACAAUAGUGAUUCUCCAAAGUCUAUCCGUCAUCGUCGAGUUAAUAAUGAUCAGGAAUCUUCUAGUAACUCUGCUCGUUCCAUUACUGCUUUAAAUUCAAACGAUUCUCAUCAUGCUAGAAAAGAAAGAAAUGCAUGGGAUAAUGAAAAGCAACAAACAACUUUACAAUCAACUGCAAGAUCGAUUAUAACUACAACACAAUCGAUUGCUCAUUCUCAAACUCAACAAUUAUAUCCACCUCCUAUAUUCUUGCAAAGGGUUGAAUCGUCUUGGAUGAAAAAGAUAAUCGAUGCUGAGAUUCGCGAACCUAAAGAAAGUCUUGAUUGGGAUAAGGAUUCCGUUAACGUUGGAUUUCUUGAACUUGAUGAUCAAGGAAGAAUUGUUGGAUACCUCAAUUG